AUGCCCAAUGAGCGGCUCACCAUAGCUGACAGAACCUUGUCUUCCAGUCUUCCGCUUCGUACUCGUACUGGAUCUCUGAUUUUCCGAAGUGCCGAGCAAGAUGUUGAAGCGCCGCUUGAUGAACGAACAGAACUUGGGAGGCAGGAGGUUCCCGCAUCAAUCCACGUCCCUGGCCGCGAUGAGGACACUGAUCAGGUUGGGAGAUCGCCCACGACCGCUUUCGAGGCUGACUCGGAACCUUUCGCGCUCCAUAUGUAUCAGCGAAUGGCCGAGGAGGCAUCUGAAGAAGAACUUGAGCCCGAGAGCCAAAGCGCUACAUCAGUUGGUGUCAACAAUCUCGAAGAACCGGCUGGUCAGUUCGUAAGAGCAUCCACUGCGAAUGUUACAUUCGAUCCCGAAUUACUCGCACUUGACGUCUAUCAACGGAUUGCCGAAGAACCGCUUGAAGAGGACUUUGAGGCUGAAAGUCAAAGCGCUAUCGCGUCGACCAAUGUCAACGUCAUUGAGGCAACGAGUAGUCGAAUCCAGAGAGCACCGACUGCUAAUGUAUUAUCGAAUCCGAACUCUUUUGCGCUCCGCGUAUAUCAACGCAUCGCUGACGAGCCACUUGGGGAAGAAGCUGAGCCCAACGCUAUUGCGCCGACAAACUCCAACAGCACUGAGGAUAUGACUAGUCAAAUUGAGAGAGCACCGACUACUCAAGUCUCUCGGACAGUAGAGCCCUUGGAACAUGUCAAAGCUCGAAGCCCGACUGGCACGAUGCCCCCUGUUGAGAGACGUGCCACACAGACUUCACCCGGGUAUCCAGCGAACAUACCACGGGCUGUAACAAUAGCUCGCGACGUAGAGCGCAAACAAAGCAGUGCUGCUCCUGACCAACUCGAUAGAGCACUUACCAUGCGAUCCUCUCCAGCACUGGAGCCUUUGGUAUAUAUCGACCCUGAAGGCCUGCCAUCAAAGACUGUUACUCUCGAAAGAGUGAGGACACAGGCUUCACCUGAACUCUCAGUCGAUGUACCACGGGCGUCAACAAUACCUCUCGAAUCGAAUCGAAGACGAAGUAGCGCUGCUCAAGGGUUCACGCCAUCCGCCCGAGGACCAGAGUCUUCAGUACACUCCAGCGCCGAAGCUGUGCUCGAUGAGACCCCGCAAGUACAGGGAAGAUUGAGAGUAGCGCCCACAGAGCCUCGCACAACCGAUCGUCGACGCAGCAGUGCGGCCCCUGGUAUCACAGCGUCUCCUCCACAGACCAUCCUUGAGGGCAUAGAAGUCGGAGCGCAAACUAAAAGCCAGACGAAGAAGCCGAGGCAAGGCGCGAACUACCCACCUGAGCAGCAAUAUCCGCCAGCGCCUGCAUAUCCCCUACGGGAGACUCCCUCAUGGACGAAGCCGGACACUCGAACUCCAUCACCAAAGACCCAUCAGAAGUGCAGCCAUUUCUGGAAGCGGCACCUGGGUCGCCAGAAGCCCCAGGGGGAACGCAAAAAAGGCAAAACAGCUAUCCGAGCCAAACCAGACAGGCCACCUAUCGUCGAGACUCCAGUGCCACUUCUAUCCGAAGGGCAGACACUCGACCAAGGCAAUCCUCCGUCUACGCUAACAAGGGCGACUACUACCCAGUCAGUCCGAUCCUUCCAGACCGCAUUGACGACGGUCCGCAGCUCCAGCCUUCAACAUCUCGAAGAAACAGUUACUCCAUCCCACAGUCAGCCUCAAUACCCGAGGAUUCGCCUCAGGACGAACCGCGUGCGCAGUACUCCCGUCGCGUCUCGUCAGGGCCACCUCGCCGCCAAUCGCAAUCUCAAGGAGCUCUCUACUCCCAAAGAGAUGCUGCAGUCAGUUCCAGAGCACCCACGUUCCAAACUAAGCUGGAGACUGAGGACGAGACUUCUCGAGCGAAUCAAGACCCCUAUGAAGAAGACUUUCAGGAACCUGUCCGGAGAGACGUACGCAGGGCGACUGGCAUGGGAAGCCCAAUCGCAAAAGCGGAAGCAACGCCCAAAGAAGGAGCUCAGUCGCCUGAGACGCGACAAAAAUUUUCUCCAGUUCCCCAGAAAGAAGGCCCGUCAGACGAAGGAGAGUCAGAUCAUUCGCCGAGCCGGUUUCCGGAACUGUCUGGUGCUCAAGUGCCAAGGGAACAAGAGCAAGAACAAGAGCCAACAGCACGAACCGAAGAACAAAGGCGGACUGAAGUGGUUAUGGAAGAAGAUCCUGCGCCUGCCGACGCCAAGGUUGCACAUGAUGAAGACAUACCCACCCGCCGUCGCAUCGAUAGCUCAAGCGGGCCCUUCGAAGAUGACAAUGCCUGGAUCAACAGCACGGUCGACCUCUCGCGCUCAAAGACCAUCCCAAGAUCAUCCACCGGAGAUGAAGGUGAUCGAAGACUUUCAGGUGCAAACUCAGAAGAAGCGCAAAUCGCACGAGCAAACACUCGUCGUGCAACCUCAGGACGAGUGCCUGAUUCCGCAACAGCCUCACAAUCUGCACGAAAAGACUCAACAACCGCCACGCGAAGGCCAUCGUCGUCAGUCAAGAGGACGAACACGCGACGGAAGUCAUCAGCAGUCGGAGAUGACAGAGCAGCGCCAAUCCUCACAGAAGUACCAACGGUCUCCAGAGCACCGACCCGAUCGGCGACCAUCCCCUCAAUAUCUCGACAAGCCAGUAUCCGGCGAGGGUCUGCCGCUCCUAGAAGGGGUACAGCAGUCUCCCCAGGAGCUUUACCAGACAUUCAAGCCAGAUCAACAAAGGAAGGCAGCUCAAGAUCAACCCCGCGGCAAGAGUCCAGAGGUGCGGCCUCGCCUGUCGCGGUACAACCAGGUCGACGGUCAUCUACUGCAACUAGAACAGUCAAGCCCACGAACAGAACCAAGCGAUGCUAAGCCAGCAAUGCCGCGCCGAGUGACCUCAUACGGAAUGUAUGAGUCCAGCUCUAGUGAUCCGUAUGCUUUACCCAAGAAGGCACCACGAAAGGCAGCUGCCCUAGCCCCUUCAAAUGCCAACGCAAGUCUGUCCCCAGCGACGCAACAGACUGAUCCCAAACCCCCGGCGCUCACUCGUAGAGACUCACUAAAGCCACGGCGCAGUCCCACGUCAAGGAUAUCAGAACUCUUCGGGCGAGAGAAGGGCGCUAGCCCUGGGAAUGGGAGCCAGCAGAAGCAACAGCAACUACCUGCACCGACAAACAAACCACUGGGUGCCACGAAGACCGGCUUAGCGCCUGCAUCAGCUGCAGCUGCAAAGGUAUCUGAGACGGAUGCAGCAGUGAAGUCAUCCCAAGCGCAGCAACUACAGCCAGUCAAGGUUCAGGCAAAACCUGCGCAAGGAAGUGGGAUUACGAAUCCUCUUAGGGCGCGCUGGGGAUGGGGAUGGGGAAGAUGA